UGCCCACGAUCACAAUCGCCAGAGACUGGGAGACGCCUUCACUGAGGACAUCACGCCAUUCCGCACGCGGAACGUUGCCGGCUUUCGCAGGCUGAAACCCAGCAAAUCUCAUGGCAGCUCGUGCUCCAUCUACCACUGUUCUCUGCGAGAUGAUGGCGGACCACGAAUGCCGCGAUGAUGAGUGGGCAGAUCGGGACUUGGCGUCUCUCCGCGCGGCACGACACGUCGAAGUGAUCAGAGCACUCGAACAAAAUGGUCCUGACCUCGAUCUAGUCGCAACGAAUACCCUGAGCGAUUCAUGGGCCGUCUACAGGGACUGCGAGUCUAUCAAGUCGGUCGUUAACGAAUUAGUCAAGCUUGCAGCGCAUACCAAACUCUGCACGCGAACAUCUGUCUCUGGCGGACUCGUCCUAAAUGCGGACAUCGAGGACGCCAGUGGCGUUGACCAUUUCCGCAUGACGUUUGCAACAACAGGCGCGCUACACAAAAUCUUUGACGAGUUCAAGGAUUGCACCAUCGCAGUCGUGACCGUUGGCACUUACGCUGCCACCGACGCAGAUCCAGCUGUGGUGGGCGACGCAAGGAUUAUUCUGCGAUCUCUGUGCGUCCAGCUUUUGCGGGAAAAUAACCUCCAACUCGACCUUGACUUCAACAACGACAACCAUAUCAGGGAACUGUGGAGUGAAGGCUUUGAAAUCCUGCUCUGGCUUUUUCAACAACUCGUGGAGUCUAUAGCGAUGAAAAUCGGCAGCGAGAACAGCUCCCCUCAUCAUGUCACCGUCGUCGUGGAUGGAAUUCACUUCUUGGAACGAAACGAAAAUAUACAAAAGUGGAAUCGUUUCGUCGGUAUCUUGCACGGCAUUGUCACCAGCAUCAAUCGUGGGACAGACCAGAGGUCGGCAAUGCUCCGUGCCGGGAUCGUCUUCAAGUAUAUCUUGAUGCAUCCCGGCAUAUCCAAGGCCGCGCCGCUUCCCGAUCGAUGUAUUGUUACUUACUUCACAGACCCAGAAUCGCCUUCAGGUUCUUCAUCUACCCUCGACGACUCAUCUGAUACAGCUUGAUGUGUCCAGAAUCGGACCGCUCUCCGACAAACACAUCAUUAGACGCUCACAUGGCCAGGAAGAAUCCUGCGGAGGCGGCGGUGCACCGCAUGGAGUGUUUCACAUCCUUGCUGCCCUUGCGAAACGACUUCAGCAGAGGACCGCGGAAUCUCACCCUGGUUCAGCUGCACUUCACGCGGGACACUCCAUACUGAUGGCUCGUCAGGUGCGACUGAGCGGCGACUUUCCACAUG